AGAAGAGGCUCGACGCCUAUAUAAAUUUGUACUAACACCUACAGAAUUAGUAACACAUGACCAAUGGGUAGAGCAAAACCACGAUAGAGAACGGGUAGUAAAAGGCAUCACGGAUGUUUUACUACAAGAAAUAAAAACUGAUAUACUUCGUCGGGUUGAUAAAGGUUCAGAAAAUACGCUUGUAGGAAGCAUUGCUCGUCUUAUAGAUGUGACUAUGUACCGUUUGCCCAUUGGAUGUGAAAUUGAGAAGAGUAUUAUUGAAUAUGAUUCCCCUGCUCCAGCCCAAUUACGACACACAUCAAAUAUCACGGCACAAAGGUUCGGGACUCGUGAUUUCAAGAAUAGCAUUAGUGGAACAUAUAAU